UGUGAUGUUAUUCAAGCGUUUUUUAUACUCCUGUAACAAAACGGGCCAUCUGUGGAGUAAAGCACGUUCUCGAUCCGCUACACAAGAAACAAUGCGAUUACCCUCCACUAAUUCGCCCGCAUCGUUGAUGGGAAUUAGGUUUUUGUCAAGCAUAGACCACAGGGAAGAACCUGCUCUCACAGCCGGAAUAUCCUUGUUCAACGUGAGAAAAGUUAUUAAGUCAUCUGGACUUGAAUUUUCAGAAGGUUUCACAUGUAUUCGAACCAAAUGUCCCGUAUGCUCUGCGUUUCCCGAGCAUGGCAAAGAGUCUGAUGUGAAAAAAGAAAUCAUUUUUGUCAACAAAACGACAGGAUGUUUUACUUGCUCCGCUUGUCACUAUCUAGGACAUUGGGAUAAAAUCGAAAAAUUUUUCCUUCCUCAUCAUAGUAUCAAAGCUGCACAGGAAAUAAAAAAACUGAAGGAUUUAUUUAUGGAGAAAAAAAGUACUGAAACACAAAGAACGAUUGAGUUUCCUGUAGGAUUACAAGAAGUCGAUAAUGCAUUAGCUGUUAAAAUCUGUACGAUGUUGGAUUUAAAGGAAAUUCCUGCCGCAAGUUUGGUAGCAUUAUCUUCGCGGUGGGAUGCAAAUCACCAGCGAUUGUAUGUUCCUUUAUUAGACGUAGAAUCAAAGUUAGUAGGUUAUAAAAUGGUUAGUGUUUCUGAAGAUAGCACACUUGUGGAAGAAACCGUCCCCGAUUCCAAUUGUUCUGGGCUCAUCUGUCUUAAAAGUACAUCGAUGUCUACCAAGGCACAUUCCAAAGAACAGUCUAAUGCUAUAUUAGUAUUAAACAUUUUGGAUAUGCUGGCGUUAAGCGCUGUAAAAAUAAACGCAAUGGUGGUGUGUCUUCCUCAUGAUUUGAAAAGUCUGCCACAGCAGUGCCUCCCGGGUUUGGAAAGGUUUCAGAAACUUACAUUGUGGUUUAACUACGACACUGCCGGUUGGGAUACGGCACGGAACUACGCCAAAAAGCUGGAUGAACGACGGUGCAAUUUUGUACGUCCUACUGACGCGCAUCCAACGCCAGCUAAAGCGCUUUCUUUAGGUUUGGACUUAAAAUCCAUCUAUUCGAAAGCACAACCUAUUCUACACCAAUCAAUAACCACUUUCCAUGCAUUGCGCCAAGACGUGUUAAGCGAUUUGCAAAACAUAGACAAAGUUCAGGGUGUAAAGUGGAAACGUUACCCGACGUUGAAUAAACUUCUCAAGGGACAUCGUAAAGGUGAGCUCACGGUACUUACCGGUCCGACUGGUUGUGGAAAAACAACUUUUAUGUCAGAUUAUUCGUUAGAUCUGAUACUGCAGGGCGUUUCGACGCUGUGGGGCUCUUUCGAAAUCCGUAAUACUCGCUUAGCAGCGACAUUGUUACGACAAAUGGCUGGUCGACCCCUUGACGUUAAUUUAUCGGAGUUCGACUAUUGGGCAGAUGAGUUUGAACGACUUCCGCUGUAUUUUAUGACCUUUCACGGACAGCAGCCGGUCAAAGUUGUUAUGGAUGCGAUCGAACACGCUCAGUAUGUGCAUGAUAUCCAGCAUGUUAUAAUUGAUAAUCUGCAAUUUAUGAUGGGUAUAUCAGAAGAAAGCAGGCAUACAGACCGCUACUGGAAACAGGAUGCUAUUAUUGCGUCGUUUCGAUCGUUUGCAACUCGCAAAAACUGUCACGUAACACUGAUCAUACAUCCCCGGAAAGAACGUGACACUGAAGAUCUGACGACAAGCUCAAUUUUCGGUGGCGCCAAAGCUUCUCAGGAAGCUGACAAUGUGCUGAUCAUUCAGGAUAAAAGGUUGACAUCGGUUCGAGGGAAAAAGUAUUUGCAGGUUGCCAAGAACCGUUAUAGUGGCGACCUAGGAAUCAUGCCACUAGAUUUCGAUAAACCAAGUUUGAGUUACGCACAAAAAAGAAGAAAAAGUGAAGCGAUAGGUACUGAAUCGCCUGAAAUAGCCAUUGAUGAUAGUUAGGUAUUUUAUUUAAUUGAUGAUACCUAUGCCGUAAGACCAAAAGUUUU